AUGUCGAACAAGAAGGAGGUCAGGACGACGGGCUACAAGCCCAAGUACAGCAUCAUCCUUCCCACGUACCAGGAAAGCGAGAAUUUGCCAUACAUGCUCUGGCUCAUCAAUAAGCAUUUGAACAAGGCUGGCAUCGAUUGGGAGGUAAUCGUUGUCGAUGACGCGAGCCCAGAUGGCACCCAGAAGGUGUGCGCCGAUCUCAUGCAAAUCUUCAACACCAAGGACAGGGAUUGCAUCGUGCUGAAGCCUCGACCGGGCAAGCUGGGCCUGGGCACGGCCUACCUCCACGGCAUCAAGUUCGCGCGCGGCUCCUUCAUCAUCCUCAUGGACGCCGACAUGUCUCACCACCCCAAGUUCAUCGCGCAGAUGAUCAAGAAGCAGCAGGAGAAGGACUACGACGUCGUGACCGGCACCCGCUACGUGCAGGGCGGCGGCGUGUCGGACCUCACGGGCAGCUUCAGGCUGUACAAGAGGGAGGUCUUUGAGGAGCUGAUCAAGAAGACCGAGUCCAAGGGCUACGUCUUCCAGAUGGAGAUGAUCUUCCGCUCGCGUCAGAUCGGCAACUCCAUCGCUAAUCAACUGUUUGCUCGAACUACAGCCGAGGUCCCGAUCACCUUCGUGGACAGGCAGUACGGCGAGUCGAAGAUGGGCAUGAAGGAGAUCACCCAGUACCUCGCCGGCCUCGUCUCCUUCUUCUUCCAGGCCAACUAG